GAAGCAAUACCUGUUUUGAUAGCCAUUUGGUUGGCUUUUUCCUUGAGACCAACGAGCUUUAGAUAUAUACAUACAUAUCAUGCCUUUAAUCGGAGAGCUUCAGCACAACAACAUGGGGCUCUGCCACUGCCAUUCCAAUGGCUUUUCAUGGCGCGCACUGAUUGUGUGGACUACGCUAGUAACAAACAUGCUCAAUAGUUUCUUUGGUGUUGGAUGUCCUCAAGAAGAGUACGAAGCUCUUUUAGAAUUCAGAGCUUCGUACAACAGAACAGGUCUGUCGUCGUGGGGAAAGCAGAGAGAUUGUUGUCUCUGGGAGAGAGUUAUUUGCGAUAACAGCACCAAACAAGUGGCCGAACUGCAGUUAUCAGACUUUCUGACAUACCAACUAGUAACAUAUGGGAUCCUUGAUGUCCAAAGUUGGAAAUUGAACUUGAGCAUCUUUUCUUCGUUCCGUGAGCUACGACAUCUUAAUCUAUCUGCUGAUUAUAUAUCAGGCUCCCUCUCAAGCGCCGACAUAUCAGGGCUUGACAAGUUGGAAGUCCUUGAUCUGAGCAUAAACGAAAUUACUAUUACUAUCCCGCCAUCUUUUAGAACUUUACGCUCGUUAAAAGUCUUGAACUUGGGGGAUAAUAAUUCAAAUGGCACGCUAGCUAUCGAAGCCUUAGUAGGAUUGAAGAAGCUGCAGGUGCUUGAUCUUGCAGGAAGCCAUCUUACAGGAGAGAUCCCGAUGUCUUUGGGAUAUUUGACAUCUCUCAAAGUCUUGAAUUUGGGAAGAAAUAAUAUAACCGGAUCACUUCCUUCAGAAGUUCUCCAAGGACUAAAGAACCUACAGGAGUUGCAGCUUCAACAUAAUAAUUUCAACGGGAGUCUUCCUCUAACUUUAGGAAACCUUUCGAGCCUUCAGCAUGUUGAUCUUUCUUAUAACUCUUUCGAAGGAACGACACCGGAGCACCUCUUCACAGGACUUGGCUCACUUCAAUAUCUAGAUCUUUCAUAUAACAAUCUUCACGGAAAUUUUCCAUUGCACUCUUUUGCCAAUAUGUCAAAGCUUGAAGGACUCAUACUGUCAGACAACAAGGGACUAGAAGUGCAUAUUAAUAGUGGGAGUUCAUUUCAACAAGUGCAAUUGCGAAUUCUUAUGCUGUCAAGUUGUAAGCUGGAUAAGAGUGCCAUUCUCACCCCUAAUUUUCUCUGCUCUCAACGUCAACUCGAAGUGCUUGACCUCUCUGACAACCACCUGACAGGAAACAUCCCGGCUUGCCUACUCGACAACAACACCAAAAUGGAAUACUUGAACUUAGGAAGUAACUUAUUGACAGGACCAAUUCAUCUUCCCAGCCAUCACGUGAAAAGUAUGAAAAUAAUUGAUGUCUCUGUGAAUCUCUUUGUUGGCUCAAUCCGUUCUAAUAUUAGUAUGGUUUUUCCUAAUCUGAUGGUUCUUAACUUGUCAUCGAAUCAUUUAACUGGAAGCAUCCCUUCAUCAUUAGCUACCAUGAGACAAUUGCAGAUAUUGGAUCUCUCGGACAAUCUUACCAUCGGCAAAAUACCAGCUCAACUGACGAGUAAUAGUUCCCCAUUUGCAGUCUUGAAGCUUUCCAAUAAUAAUUUGCAUGGAAAAAUUCCUGAUGUAAACUUUGUUGGUUCUAGUGCAUGCUACUUGGAUGGUAACAUGCUAUCAGGAACACUACCAAGCAACAUCUCAAGAGAUAUAGAUAUACUGGAUGUCCGUGACAAUGAGCUAGAUGGUUCAAUUCCAGAAACCAUUUCGGAGGCAUCAUCUUUGAAGUAUCUCAUUCUCAAAGGGAAUCACUUGCAUGGACAAAUUCCGCAAAGCAUAUGCAAUCUAACGACACUUUUCGUAUUGGAUCUCUCCGACAACAAUUUCUCCAGUUCUUUACCUCCAUGUUUCCCUCCAGACGUACUUUAUCUCGAUCUGGCUAACAAUGCUUUCACUGGAGAAGUUCCACGUGUUCUUCUCAAUUUCUCACAGCUUCUAGUGCUGGACAUAAGCAAAAAUCACCUUUCCGGUCCGAUUCCAAUGCAAAUAGGAAGCGAGCUUGAAAUGAAUAUUCUUAUUAUGAGAGAAAAUUCUUUCAAAGGACAAUUGCCUGUUCAACUGUGCAAUUUGAGAAAAUUACGCAUAUUAGACCUAUCACAUAAUCAGUUUGCUGGAUCGAUACCGUCUUGCAUUGGUACAAUGGCAUUUAGAAUCACCAAAUCGGCUUUACUUUUUCAACUUUCGGACCUUUGGUCUUGGGCAUUUAUUUACCAUCACUGGUCUGUUGGUCACUCGUCUAUCGACCUAACCUACAUCUCCACUGGGGGGCUACAAGAGGAAGAGUUUAGCACUAAAGGCAAUUUGUAUGAGUACCAAAAUGAUGGUUUGGUUUCUAUGACCUUAAUUGAUAUAUCAGUAAACAAAUUAACAGGAAAAAUUCCAACUGAAAUUGGAAAUCUUAGUGGACUUGUUUCUCUAAACUUAUCCUACAACCAACUUACGGGUCAGAUCCCCGAAACCCUAUCAAAUCUAUAUCAGAUUGAGAGUCUUGACAUAUCCAACAAUAGAUUAAGUGGUGACAUUCCUUGGCAAUUAGGCCAAUUGAAGUUCUUAGAGGUGUUCUCUAUUGCCCAAAACAAUUUAUCUGGAUGCAUACCGAGUUUUCGAGAUCAAUUGGCCACUUUUGGUAAGGCUACUUACGAGGGCAAUGUUGGCCUACACGGACCACCAUUAGACGAAACAUGUGCUACUUCAUCAAACAAAACAACAUCAUCAGAAGAAGAAGAUAAAGAGGUUAGUAGUAUUGAUAGAAUCAUCUUCUAUGCAAUAUCUACAACUGCAUAUAUAGGAGGUUUUUGGAUUUCAAUAGCUUUCUUGUUUUGCACUCGCUGCGGACGGACUGUGCGCAUUAGACUGGAUAAUUGUGUUGAUUUCUUGUAUGGAGAAAUUUCAAUGGUUGUACAUAAAUUAGUUUUUAUGAAUCGGGGUGGCAAUAGAAAUAGGAAAAACCGUGUGUAAUAAAAUGUAGAACAUUUUCAUUAUAUAUAGUGAGAACUUCUCUUGUUUCCUGCACCA